CAAUAUGGCAGAGUUCUGCAAUAUAGAAGACAAGAUGAAAAAUUUUAAGUUUAACUCCGAUAUCAACAUAUUACUAUUAGGAGCAUCAGGAGUGGGCAAAUCAACUUUAAUCAAUGCAUUUGCCAACUAUGUAACUUUUACUGAUUUUGAAGAAGCGACAAAAUAUAAUCCAAUGGUGCUCAUUCCGAGCCAAUUCAUUAUGAUGUGUAAAAAUGGCAGUCUACAUGAGAUUACUACAGGAGAUCCAAAUAAAAAUGAAUUUUUACAACCUUUAGAAGGCGAACAUGAGAUUACUACAGGAGAUGCAGUGGAAAAUGAAUUUUCACAAACUUUCGAAUGCGCAACCCAGGACGUGAAAACUUACGUUUUUCCAAUUUUUGAUAAGUCAAUAAGAAUACGUCUCAUUGAUACUCCAGGAAUUAUUGGUAACAAAGAUGAAGAAUUAAAGGAUAAUCGAAAGACUGAAAAUAUCUUAAGAUACAUUGCCAACUUACAUAAAAUACAUGCUAUUUGUUUUCUUUUAAAACCUAACGAAGUCAGAGACAUGGUCAGUUUCCAAUACUAUAUGAAUAAAAUAUUUUCAAGCUUAAAUAAGAGAGCAUGUGACAACAUCAUUUUUUGUUUUACACAUACGAGGGGAUCAGAUUAUGGACCUGGAGCAUCCAUUAAAAUGUUGGAAAAAGCGAUAAGCGAACUUACCAGCCGCCCUCCUUAUGCUAAAAUUGUUGUGAAGACAAGAAAUACUUUUUAUUUUGAUAAUGAAUCUUUUAAAUAUCUCACAGCCGUUCAGAAAUGUAUUCAUUUUGACUCUAACAUUAAAGAAAGAAAUAAAGAGAGCUGGGAAAAGUCUGCUCAAGAAAGUUGGAGGUUAAUUAAAUAUAUAACUGGAGAUAACAAGAAUAAGCCACUAAUGCCUUACUUCGUAAAAAUUACAAACACAACCAACGAAGCGAGAAGAGUUAUUAUUCAACUGGUACAACCUCUAGCAGAUAUAACAAUAUUAAUACUACACAAUAUAAACGUUUUAAAAUGCCACGAGCAAGUAUUGAAUGCUAAUAAAUCAUUAGAAGAAUUGAAAAACGAGCUUUACUUACCAGUUAUUGAGUUGGAAACUACUACUUUAAGCCAACCUGUUACAUUUUGUAAUAAAUGUUAUAAAUCUAAUAAUAUUGUACGCGGAUUUCAUUAUUAUCGUUAUAAACAAUGUCACGAUCCGUCCUGCUUAAAACAAGUUCCUGAAGAAGUUAUUGGUACAGAGGCACAUUGUGGGACGAUGAACGGAACAUCAACUUGUUGUGUAUGCAAGUGUGACUUUAAAGAUCACAUGCGUGUGUAUUAUCUGACAAAAACUGUAGAAAAACGAGAAAUUGAUAAAAGUAAUAUAUCCGAUGAAGUGGAAUUGAAAAAAAGUAAACAUCAAAUAAUAGAAAAUAUAGAAAAAAUAUUAACGAUGAGUGAUGGGCGGAAACGAUUGAGUGGUUCUGGCUACCGAAAAGAAGCUCAGAAAAAACUGGAAAAACAAAGAGAAGUAGUAGAAAAAACCGCAAAGAUAUCAAAUUUUUUUAAGAAAAGCAACUCUCAAGAUGAAAACUUAAAAUGUACUCCUACCGACGACAAUGUCACUCCGUGCGGUAGUGGUAGGCCUAAUUAUGGUCAGACUCACGUAAAAGAAGGUGAUGAUGCUCUUAAUGACGCUGAAGCAUCGAUUAAGGAACCAGAGCGUCCAUCCUCAUCACGGUCUUCAAAUGAAGAUAAGGUGAUACCGUAUCCUUUGGAUGUUAAAAUUGUGGAUGACCCAGCUUUGUGGGAGAUAAAUGACCGUACUCGUAGGAGGUCUUCUGAUAAUGGACACUGCAAGUUGGAAACGGAGACGUCGAAGAUGGACCAGGACGAAGAUGCAGAGAACCCAGUGAACAAAGACACAAGUGGAAAUAAAAUGCAUAGAUACCAACACCCUUACUACUAUAUAGAUAAUAAUUUUCUAAAGAAGUACGUAGAGAGCAAAAAACUUCUCGACAAUGUUCUUGAGAUGACCAAGACUAUCGGCAAAGAUGCAGUCAUUAAUGCUCAAGAUGUAAGUGAAGCUAUUAAUCAAUUGUAUAGUUUGAAGCAUAAUGGGAAAAAAAUUAAAGAACUAUACAAUUGUCAGAAAAAUUCAAGAACCGAAGAAUUUAAAAACAUAGAAUAUAUUCACAAAGUGCCCUGUAAGGGAAUAAAAAUAGAAGCUGUUCAAGAAACUGGCAACAGAGAGAAUCUAUCAGGUAAAGAACAUCUUAACAGAGGAUACUACGAUUCUGACAAUUCCGAUUCAGAUUAAAAAUAUUCUUGUUUUUUCUUAUAAAAUAGUAGUGUUUUAGUAUAAAGUAUGUAAGUACUGUUCGCUCACCAGAAAAUCUAUUAACAAAACUUAGAAAUCAUUUCAAUUGGCUAUAGCACCAAAACUAAUCUUCUGUAGACGUAUUAUGUGAAAUUAUUAACAGUUGACGAGCCUCCUGUUGUGGUGUCUCCUUUUCUUGGUUUUCCAAAAUAAAUUGCCAUACCAAUAUAUAUACACUGACCGGCACGAAAAACGGGCACCCCACAAAAUGGGUUAUUUUUAUUUCUCGAAUUUCCCAAAGUCGAAAUUCAAUAGUAUUGUCAGGGUAUCGCUCAAAAUUGAUAGCCUCUGGAGGGGCC